AUGGCUGGCCGCCCGGGGGACCUUCGGCCCGAGGGCCCCGCUGCAGCCCCCCUCCGGCCGCCACGCGGGGCCUACCUGCCCCGGCGCGUCCUCCGCCCGGCGGUACCUGCCGGUGGCCGGGGAGUCCCCGCGGGCGCCAGCGCUGCGCCCCACUGGCUGGGAACGCCGCUGUGUCCGCGCCGCCGCCCCUCGGGUCCGGGAGCUGCCCACUCUGAGGCUGGGGUGCCCUCUCCCAGGCGGCGGCGCCGACCCCCGGAGGGGUGCCGGCGCCGAGAGGAGGCGCCGGGGCGGGAUGGCUGCCGGUCUCCGGCGCUUCCUGCGGCCGCGGAUCCGCCGACCGCCCCGCCGCCGUCCAGAGGCGAGAGGCAAAGUGAGCGGGUUCGGAGGCGGCGAGGAGCCGGCUCGCGGCCGCGGGGGCGGGGCCUCUGUGGGGUCCUCCUCCUCGCCCGCCAGCUCCGCGCGCGCCGCUCACCUCCCUCCGCGCCGCCCUCCGCUUGCCGCCCGCGCCCGCACCUCCCCGGCUUGCUCGGGCUGGGAUUCCCCGGCGCCCCGCCCUGGACCUCGGGCUCCCCGCCUCGUGACGCCGUCCUCCCGCUCCGCUCCAGCCCUCAGUGGCUGGGAGGGGUCCGCAGGGCGGUGGAGCGGAGAGCCCCAGGACUGGGAUGCCUGUUUUCACCUCCCUCCCCGGGCCAUCGGGGUGACUUGGACAGUCCCCAAGAGCCCUUUUCACAGCCCUGGUUCAAAGCCAGUGUGGACUUAGAUACGGUGACAGACGGCGUUUGGAGAGCUUUUUCCAGAAACUGUCCGGAGCCCAGCUCGGGUUCUGGGAUCGCCCCUGAGGAUUUCUCAGGGAACGCAUCCCAGCCACGGCUUUUCCUGCCUACUUUGCUCUUCCUCCCGUCGCGCGGGGCGACCCACGUACCGCGUGCUCCGAAGGCGGCCGCACGCCCCAGCCCCCAGCCUCGGUGCCGCCAGCCCGCCAGCGGAGGGGAUCGGCCCCCGACCCGGACCCGGCCCCCGCGUUCUGGGGCGCGGGGCGCGAGAAGGCGGCUACAUGUAGCGCACCUGCACCCUCUCGAGGCGCUGCCCUUAGAGUGGGAUCAAAGUCUGGGGAGGAAAGCCGUGUCACCGGCAAAAAGCCUUUCUCAUGGCCUUCGUCUGCAUCCUCCUUUCCAAAAUAUCUUGCUUUCCCCCCGCGCACCCCUGACCCGGCUGCAGCACCGACUCUCGGAGCUGGAAGAGCCCCUGAACGCCCCGCAGAGCGAUCUACCCCGCGCUCUUGUCCGUGCCCAGGGAGUGGGUUCCACUUAGCAGGGAUUAUUUUAAACUGCCACCAGCAAUUUAUUCACCUGACACCCGACACCGGUAGCCCAGCCCGCUGGAGGCGAGACAGAUGGAAUCUUGUUCUGUCACCCAGGCUGGAGUACACUGGUGCAAUCUUGGCUCGCUGCAACUUCUGCCUUCUGGAUUCAAGCAAUUCUCCUGUUUCAGCCUCCCAAGUAGCUGGGAUUACAGGUGUGCACCACCACGACUGGCUAAUUUUUGUAUUUUUAGUAGGAAGGGGGUUCGCCAUGUUGACCAGUCUGUUCUCAAACUUCUGACCUGAGGUGAUCCACCUGCCCUGGCCUCCGAAAGUGCUGGGAUUAUGGGCCUGAGCCAGCACGCCUGGCCUUAUUUCAUAAGUAUCUUCUAUCUGCCAGGUGUGCUUUUGAGGAGACAGCAGUAAAUAAAACAUACAGACACACCUCUUCUCAAAGAGCUUAUAUUUUAGUGGGAAACACAAAU